GUCACAGGGGUGAGGAAGUCCCACUGAGGAAGAAAUGCUCUAGUGUUGCUCCAUUGUGUGGGGUGAGUGUGGUCAGUGAGAGGAGCAGAUGUUGGCUGUGGAAGGGGACGGCAAUCCCAAUCUAGACCUGGACCGGUAGCCGUCCUGUCAUCUGGAUUGAAUGGAUUCAGGCACCAGGUCCAGGACUCUGCCUCAGCCCUUGCUGCUGCUGUCCCUGAGCUUCCUGCACCCCAGCCUCCUUGAGUCAACGUGGAGGAAGAUUGUGAGACCAAGCACAGGCAGGACGAGGAAGCAAAGAGGUCUCAGAAAGCAGAAGUGGGCCCUGGAGACUGGACCCUCCGUGAGGAGGCUUGAAAUCAUCCCCCCUCAGGAGCCUGGCAUUGCUGUGGAUGACGUCCGUGCUGCAGACAUGACCCCAGGGGACGGGAGGCCGUGGCUGCCUGCAGCGCUGCUCCUUCUGCAGGUCCCAGGUUGUUGGUCUCUGUGUGGCCCCACCUCCGUGACGGGCACCGUGGGGGGAUCCCUGAGCGUGCAGUGUCAGUACGAGGAGAAAUUCAAAGAGAAUGUCAAGUACUGGUGCAAGACCCCAUGUAUGGGGGAUAUUGUGAAGACUGAAGAGGCAGACAAAGAAGUGAGGAGUGGCCGUGUGUCCAUCAGGGACCAACCUGCAAACCUCACCUUCACAGUGACCUUGGAGAACCUCACAGAAGGUGAUGGAGGAACAUACCGGUGUGGGAUUGAUACAUCAUGGCUCCCAGAAUAUUUGCUCGACCUCACCUUCCGAGUUGUGGUGUCUGUGACCCCAGGCUCUUUGUCUCUGAGUGGCCCCAGCACUGUGAUGGGCACCGUGGGGGGAUCCCUCAGCCUACAGUGUCGGUACGAGGAGAAGUACAAGGCAUUUACCAAAUACUGGUGCCGACAACCAUGCUUGCCACCUUGGAGCCAGACUGUGGCCACCGGAAGGUCUGAGGAAAAGAUGAGGAGUGGUCGUGUGUCCAUCGUGGACCAUGCUGAAGACCUCACCUUCACAGUGACCUUGGAGAACCUCACUGCAGAUGAUGCAGGAAAAUACAGGUGUGGGAUCGCAACAAUACUGCAAGAAGAAGGGCUCCAUGGUUUCCUGCCUGACCUCUUUUUCCAGGUUCAAGUGUUUGUUUCCCCCAGGUCUCUGCUUAGCAACGUCCACUUCCUGCUUCUCAUACUCCUGAAGGUGCCCCUGUUUCUGACGAUGCUCAGUGCUGUGCUCUGGGUCAACAGACCUCAAUGGGCAAUUUGUGGGACACAGAGUCGAGCUGGUGAAGACAACAUGCAGCACUACUUGUCUAUCAACAUCCUGUCCAGAGACACUGCCACUCAGACUAGAAGAGGAAGAACUUCUGGCCCCAAACCUUCUAUCUCUUCUCACCUUGCUCCCCAAAACUGCGUGACCAUGAGGAACCUCAGAGAGGAGGAUGCUGGGACAUACCGGUGUGGGAUUGAUACAUCAGAGGUUCCAGGAUAUAUGUUUGACCUCACCUACCCAGUUGUGGUGUCUGUGACCCCAGGUCUUCACAAGGUCCUGCUAGACCCCACAUUGAAUACCGCAACCUCGGAUGACUACUACACCUCCAGCCUACAUUCUGGGUCCCUGCUCAGCUGCAUCUACUUCCGGCUCCUGGUCUUCCUGGAGGUGCCCCUGGUCCUGAGCAUGCUCAGUGCUGUCCUCUGAGGGAACAGGCCUCAGAGGGGAUCUGGCGGGAGGCAGUAUCUGCCCGAUAAUGAGUAUUGGUAACACCAACUGCCUAUUGACGACCUGCCCAGGAACAUAGCCCAUCUGAUGGAUGGGAAUGGCCUUCUGACCAACACAUCCAGCCACCGUCCUUAUUUUAUUCCGAAUACUCUGUAAACUUUUUUGUAAAUUUUCCUGCAAAGUAUCAUAGACACAACGAAUGUUCCCAAUAAAUGCAUACUCCUUGAGGCCCAAAUACUCUUCAACCCUUGGAUAUAUCGUGAAUAUUUCUGAAGUCCCUCUGAGGAAACCAACUAUGAAUUUUACAGUCAUGUUCUCCUUAUUUUCUUUAUGGGUUUGCCACAUAUUUGCAAAUUAUUUACUCUAGGUCAGUUCAUAAAAGGCACCAAAGUUAAAAAAAAA